CUCCUUCCUGACAUUGGCACUGGCAGCUGCACUCACCGGCAGCCAUGGAAGACUUGCUCUACUACUCCCUCACCGUAGCCAUCUGCAUCGCAGUCAUCGGCCUCCUCUCCAUCCUCCGUUCGUUCACCGCCACCGGACCGCCGCCGGCGCUCCCGCCCGGCCCGUCGCUGCUGUCGCUGAUCACCCCGCUCCUCUUCCUCGGCCGAACGAACUUCGGCAUCGAACGGAUCCUCUCCGCCGCGCGGUCCCGCUACGGGCCCGUCUUCACGCUCUACCUGCUCCCGUCCCGCCCGGCCAUCUUCAUCGCCGACCACGUCGUGGCGCACCGCGUGCUGGUGCAGGGCGGCGCCGCCUUCGCCGACAGGCCGCCGGCCAGCCUCCCCUUCCGCCUCUUCUCCAGUGGCCAGCGCAACAUCACAUCCGGCGCCUACGGCCCGGUCUGGCGCGCGCUCCGUCACAACCUCACGGGCAACGUGUUCCACCCGUCGCGCAUGGGCCGGUUCGCCGCCGCCCGCCGCCGCGCGCUGCGGGGGCUCGUCGCCGGCGUCGCGCGCGACGCCGGCAGCAGGGCCGUCGUCGUCGAGGGGCUCCUGCACCGGGCUAUGUUCCACGUCCUCGUCACCAUGUGCUUCGGCGAGCGCCUCGCCACCGACGCCGUCGUCGCGUCCGUGGAGGCGCUGCAGCGGGAGUUCCUCAAGUCGGUGCUCGGCUUCCAGGUGUUCGACGUGUGCCCCGCGCUCACCAGCCUCCUGUUCCGGCGCCGGUGGAAGCAGAUGCUGUCCCUCCGCCGCCGGCAGGAGGAGCUCUUCGCCCCUCUCAUACGGGCGUGCCGCGCGCAACGAGGCUCCGACGCCAACGCCGGCGCGGACACGUACGUGGACACGCUACUCGACCUCCGGAUCCCCGAGGACGGGGGCAGGAACCUCACGGAGGGCGAGAUGGUGAGCUUGUGCGCCGAGUUCGUGGCCGUCGGCACCGACAACACGGCGACCGAGGCGCAAUGGAUCAUGGCCAACCUCGUGGCGCAUCCGGAGAUCCAAGCAAGGCUCCGGGCCGAGAUCCACCAGGUCACCGGCGGCGCGGGCGUCCAGGAGCAGGACCUGCCGCGGAUGCCGUACCUUCGCGCAGUGGUCCUGGAGGGGCUCCGCCGCCACCCGCCGGGCCACUUCGCGAUCCCGCACGCCGCGACCGGCAUCCAAGACGACGACGGCGGUGGCGACCACGCGACCAUCGAAGGCUUCCGCGUGCCGCGGCGCGCGUCCCUCAACUUCACGCUCGUCGCGCUGGGGCUCGACGAGGCGGUGUGGCCCGACCCGCUGCGGUUCCGGCCGGAGCGGUUCCUGCCCGGCGGCGAGGGCGCGGACGUUGACCUCACCGGCGCGAAGGAGGUCAAGAUGAUACCGUUCGGCGCCGGGCGGCGGAUCUGCCCCGGGAUGGCGCUCGCUCUGCUGCACCUCGAGUUCUUCGUGGCCAGUCUCGUCGCCGAGUUCGAGUGGCUCCAGGUCCCCGGUGAGCCGGUGGAGUUCGCCGAGAAGCAGGAGCUGUCCGUCGUGAUGCGCCGGCCGCUCCGUGCCACCGUCGUCCGGUGCACAAGGAACGCCAACUGACCACACGGGUUGUCGUUGUCGAACCGAACGUCUGCACUUUUCUGCUCUUGUUUGUUGCUGCAUGCAUGUGCUUUUCUUUCAGUGAAGUUCAGCGAAUUUAGUAAAAAAUUCGCUACCAAAUUUCCUGUGGACUUGUGGAGUCAUGUUGUUAGCAUGCCCUGCUCUUGUUGGCUAGAGGCUUUCAUGUAUUUGCACUGCACUGCUCUGAUUGUCCUAAAAGUUAUAAUAUUAAUAAAAAAAUCAGUUUUUCUUUUGUCCAUC